GACAGGUUCAUCGACUACAAAGUAUCUAAUCGUGCUUACACGCUCUAGGAUGCGGCGCCGAAGCUAAUGGUCUUGUGAUGCUCUUCAUAUGCUGGAGCGGAUUAUAUUGACGGCGACCGCGAUAAUGGAAACAUCUCAGUCAGGUAUCCUGUGAACGAUAUACGUUCGAACCGAGACGUCAUGCCUUCUCGAACAGACCUCGCCGCAAAUAGCUUCUCUUGUUUGUUGCGCCUCUUGUGCAGCGAUAUAAGAGAGUCGUUCACAAGCUAGUCUGGAUGAUCAACUCGCCAAUCUUCGGCGACAACUAGUGAACAUGGACUUGAUCCACGAAAUGGUCACCAGCAUGUCCGUUUCUCCCCUGUAUCUGACUCUCUUGGCUUUGGGUGCUAUUCUUCUAUCCUACGUUGUGCCCUACCUUGUGAAUACAAAUGGACUUCGCUCGUAUCCAGGUCCUAUCUUCGCAAAGUUCACCAGCGUUUGGCUGGCCUGGAUCAUCAAGCGAGGCCGCUGGUCGAAGACGGUGGAAGAACUCCAUCGAACGCACGGGCCGUUUGUUCGUCUAUCGCCGAACCACAUCUCCGUCGCUGACCCCAAUGCAUUCAAUCCGGUCUAUGGACAUUCGUCCGGUGCGAUGAAGGCUCCCUUCUACGACGCAUUCUCCAACUUUCGCAAACGGACCGUCUUCAACACGUGCUCACGCGCGGAGCACGCACGCAAACGUCACGUCGAGUCUCAUAUGUUCGCACCGCAAAGCGUACGUGCGCUCGAGAGCACUUCACGCGUGCAUGUAGCCGAGCUGCUGCGGCAAUUCGAUGCACUCUGUUCACGUGUCGAGAAGGCAGCCAAGGGCGAAUCUAUGACGGGGCGGCAAGGUUCAAGCUUGUGGUCUGUACGAGACGGUCGUGUGUGGUUCAGUUGUAUGGCUUGGUACGGCUUUAGGUCGUUUGAUACUAUCGGUGAUUUGUCGUUCGGCUCUCCUUUCGGCAUGCUCCGCGCGGGCAACGAUAUCACGAAGAUCGCAAAGUCGCCACAGAAAGGCCUGCAGGCGUUCACGCUUGUGUCCUCCGGUGUGGAACCUGAGAAGUUGGGGCUCGAACUGGAAGACUUAUCGGUUGUCGAGUCCCUCACAGCACGCACAGAAAUUGCUCCGGUGCUUGGGUUCCUUCCUGCCUAUAUUCGUCCGUUCGUUGCACGGCUUCCGGGCUUUCGCAGAGGGUCCGAUGCCGCAACGAGACUCGCCAGCCUAGCCAUCACUUCCGUCAUGCGAAGGUUAGCUGCUGCCGACUCCCGCGAGGACAUGCUCCAACGGCUGUUGGACGGUAGGGACGAGGAAGGCAACCCGAUGGAUCCAGAGGAGUUGAGUGCGGAGGCGCUCACCUUGAUCAUUGCGGGUGCUGAUACUACUGCUAAUACCACAUGCGCCAUCACCCACUUCCUCGCUCGUGACCAAUAUCGACAAGCAAAGCUGCAAGCCGAACUCGACAGCGCGUUUGCGUCCAUCGAUGGAGACAUCGCACCGUAUGAUGUGGUCAAACGCCUCCCAUACUUGGAUGCGGUCAUUGACGAAGGCUUGCGACUUCACUCAACCGUCGGGGCGGGCCUGCCGCGUAUCGUACCUCCAGGAGGCAUGACCGUACUCGGUCAAACCUUCAAGGAGGGUACAUGGAUAAGCGUUCCCAUAUAUACUGUCCACCGCAGCGAAGCCGUAUGGGGCGAAAAUGCGCACCAAUUCUGUCCGGAGCGAUGGAUCGAGCCGGACAGCGCUCGGAAGAAGCAGAUGAUGGACGCGUUUGCUCCAUUCUCGAUCGGUCCCAGGGCAUGCAUCGGACGCAACCUUGCUCUCAUGCAGCUACAUAUCAUUGUUGCAACCAUAUUCCAUCGUUACCAUUUUGUCGUUGAGGAUGACGCUGAGCUCGCCGUUCAUGAUGCUCUGGCCCGCAGGCCUGUAAAGUGCGUGGUCGGCAUGAAGCACAGAGAGUUCUGUGCUUGAGCCAAAUAUCUUUGGGGUUCCGCAUAGUGUACAAUGUUGUUCGCUGCGUUUUGUAGGACGUAUGUAAAAAAAGAUUCAAAAAACAAAACCAAGUUUUUUGUCGUUCAAAAUUUUUUUCCACAAUGACGCACUGGUCAUCUGCUGAUGGUGUCUGGGGAAAGCAUAUUCCAAUCCGAUCGAGAUGUCUAAGCCGAGAUGUAAGUCUAAAGUCCUAGAUAACCUG